GGAUGAACCAGUCUCAUAUUGAAUGCCAUCUUACAUAGACUAGGAGUAGAACUUGCAUACUGCAUAUCUGCCAAGACGUUUCCCCCUUUGUCUCACUACUUCCCAUACCGAUAGCCCUACUGUUAUAGCUUCGCAAAUCACUCUUCUUGAGCUACAGACCCGGGUGUUAAAACGAAAAACCCCUAUUUAUCAAUAUGCAAGUAGCCGAGAUACUGUCCGAUUUGACCUCAUUACGAGUCUGUGAUUACAAUGACGCCCUCGCCCUCGUCACUGUUCACCAAAGAAUACCCGCUGAGCGCUCUCCGGCAGAUGGCGGUCUUGUUGCUGCAAGCCAGCAAGGCAAAAAGGCAAAUGACGAUCUCCGGCGCGCAAAGGAACUCGUCGACUUACAUUACGAGAUUAAAGCGCGGCAUGCCGAUGGAACAGUUGACCAGGAGCUGGCGUGUGCGAGAGAGGAUGUGAAUCGUGUUCUGAGGGAGCUUGGGCAUUGAUAGUAAGAUGCGUCGUCGUGUGGAUCUUGGUGUCAUUGGUGUGU